GUUCUGGCAAUAUCUCCAAUGUCCUCCCAGCACGCUAUAUAUUGACCCCAUUGACCCCGCUACCUCUCCGUCCAUUCGCAGAAGAAGGGAAGAAACCGAGCAGAUAGAGAAAGGGGAGAAGAAGCAGGAGGGAAGAGGGUAAGGAGAGAUGUACGGCUACACGAGCGUGGAGAAGGCAGCAGGAGGGGACUUGGAGGCCGGGUCGCUGUACCCGGGCCUCUCCCGCGGCGAGAACGAUCUCCGGUGGGGCUUCGUCCGCAAGGUGUACGGCAUUCUCGCCGCUCAGCUCCUCCUCACCACCGUCGUCUCUGCUGCUACCGUCCUCAAUGCCUCCAUUAAUGAACUCCUCACCGGCAGCUCCGGUCUCGCCCUCGGCUUGGCCCUCCUCCCGCUCUUCUUAAUGUUCCCACUGUAUCUUUAUCAACAAAAGCACCCACUGAAUUUCAUAUUUCUUGGGCUGUUCACUUUGUGCCUAAGCCUGAGUGUGGGUGUAGCUUGUGCAAAUACCCAAGGUAGAAUUGUGCUUGAGGCAUUGAUUUUGACUUCUGCUGUUGUUUCAUCCUUAACUGGAUAUACUUUCUGGGCUUCAAAGAAGGGCAAAGACUUUAGCUAUCUUGGACCAAUUUUAUUUGCUAGUCUUCUUGUUCUCCUUCUUACAAGUUUUAUUCAGAUAUUCUUUCCACUUGGGUCUACAUCGGUUGCUGUUUUUGGUGGGCUCGGAGCUAUGAUCUUCUCAGCUUUUCUUGUCUACGACACAGACAACUUGAUAAAGCGCUACACCUAUGAUGAGUACAUAUGGGCAUCGGUUGUUCUCUACCUGGACAUCCUCAACCUGUUCCUUUCCCUUCUGAACUUGCUGAGAGGCAUGCAGUCCGAUGGCUAGGAAGGAGUAACUGGUUACAUUAAUUAUAAAACAACGGUUCCACUUGAAUGAAGUUCAUCUGAAUACAACUUCACCUGUUUCUAUUUUUUCUCGAUUUUUUGAUGUCCGUCGUAUCUGGUUUGUCAAGUUUUCACAGCGUUUUAUAUUAGUAUGUUGUACAUGGAGGAUUUCAGCAAAUAACAGAGCUCGUUAAGGGCUCUUUUGUUAAGUAUUUUCUGUUUUUUGUUGUCAGUUGUAACCCUAUAUGCUAGAUGAUCAUGUUUUCCCAAUAUUAUAGUGCAUACUAUUCUGGGCAAGGUUUUUUCUUGUA